CGAGGCUUUCUAAACAUUCAAAGAUGGCGGAUGGCAAGAAAAACAUGAGAAAAAUAAUUUUGAAAACAUUGAUGAUAAAGCGAUACAACUUGGAUGUAACUAAAGAUAUGGUAAAGCCAUCUUCAGUUUAAAGAUAAUUCAAGGACAAAAUUCAGUUCAGAUGAAAAUGGAAAUGAAAGGGACAUGUUCUGCAGCCUGCACAGUUUGAUGAAAAAAACACUCCAGACUCCAUCAACAAAUACUGCACUGAUUUUUGACAACUUUUUGUCAAAAGAUGUUAUCUCUUACAAAACCUUGUCAAAAAUCAUUCAUCAUAUAAGUUCUGAACUUUCUGUCUAUUGCAAUGAAGGAGACUAUAUAUGUAUAGACAUAAACAGUACACACCAGUCAUUGUAUGCAUUUUUGUCAGUUAUUUUUAUCAAAGCUGUUGCCUGCCCUCUUUCCAUAACCAAAGAUUCUAAGAAAUCACUCCAACUUUGUUACAAGCAUAGAAUCAAGUUCAUCAUAGUUGAAAAACAAAUGUUGGAGACAGACUCAGGCAUGAAAAGUCUAGUGACAUCACAAGAAGUUAAUGUUCACCCUCUUAAGACGCUGGAGAAUAUGGCUCUAUUGGAAAUACCUUGUUGCAGGAUUGAAAAGGAACAUAAUCCUAAUGGUAUUGAGUUCAUGAUUUCAAGUUCUGGUAGUACAGGAUUACCAAAAGCUAUAAGAGUGCCAGGAAAAUGUAUUCUGCCAAACAUUUUAUCUCUGGGGGAUAUUUUUAACAUCAAGAACAAAGAUGUCAUUUUCUUAUCAUCACCACUGACAUUUGAUGCCAGUGUUGUACAAAUAUUUAUGUCAUUAGCAGCAGGGUCAACAUUGCUCAUUGUUCCUAAUGAGCUGAAGAUACAACCAUCCAGGCUUUUGGAAAUUUUAUUCACUAGGAAUAAAGCAACUUUGCUUCAGGCGACACCUUCUCUUGUGUUUCAACUUGGUGAAGCUCUUUGGACUAAACAGCUGACUUUUUCUGAGACAUCUUUGCGGAUUUUGUGCCUUGGUGCAGAGCCCUUUCUGUCUAAAAAAGUAGUAAGAAAGUUUAUAGGGACCUCUUCAGAAAUUGAAUUAUUCAACCUUUAUGGAAUAUCGGAAGUCUCGUCAUGGGCAACAAUUGAGAGUAUCUCAUUACCCUCAUUGGUGGAGAAUGACAUUGAAAAUUGCCAAACUGCAUAUAUUAGUACCCAUGUAGAGAUAGAUGAAUGGAAAGCCAAUGAAAUCGUUUCAAAUUCUGUUCCCAUUGGUAGCCCCCUGAGUGACACAACAGUUGAGCUUAGAAAGGAUGGUAAAACGAUUGAUGAUGGAAUGGGAGAAAUUUGGAUAGGAGGCAAAGACCGAGUUUGUUUAAUAGAUGAUGAAACUGAUGUCGUUCCAUACAAAAUGCGAUCAUCUGGUGAUAGGGUUAAAAGUAAUGGGAAGCUAUAUUAUGUUGCACGAAAAGAUAACAGAGUGAAGUUCCAUGGCCAGUUCAUUGACUUGGAAUCGAUCGAAAAGUUGGUGGAAGAGUUGGAUGAAGUUAUGUCGUGUGUUUGUAUCGGUAGAAAAACUUCUGCUGGAAUAUUUAGCAGUUUGGCUCUAUAUGUUGUCCCUUCGAAAGGAAUUUGUAAAGGCAAUGCUAGAACGUCUAUAUUCAGGACCGUAUCUACGAGGUUACCAGGAGCCAACGUAAUGUGUGAUAUUGCUUUUGUGGACAGUAUGCCAGUAAAUUAUCAUGGGAAGAAAGAUAGACUCGCAUUGCAAGAGAUAACUUGCAAAGAGCUAUGGGACUUAGACAGUCCUGUAGAAAAAGUGCUUAUAGAUUUGUUUGAGCACUCAAUAAAUAACGGAAAAGAAUUUUUUACUCCUUAUGACAGAGAAAAAAAUUUAGCUGACAACGGAGGAGAUUCAUUCACUGCUGUUUUUCUAGAGAACAAAAUUCAAGAUUAUCUAAGUACUCUAUGUACAGGAAAUGUUCAGCACGAAUCCUUAUUUGAUGAAAUUUUGACAAAAACUUUUAAUGAUUUUUUUGAAUCGCUCACGCAUAAAUUUGCUCUUUUUGAAAAGUACCACGAUUUCACAAUCCAAGAAGAAAAAUUUGAUACGCUAAACUCGGAGAGACACGAAGAGGUUGUCAGACAUAGCCGGCGUACCUUAAAAAUUGGAAGUCUUAAUAGAGUUAAACAAGACGUGCAAGUAUUGACUUCUGUAGAAAGAUCAAGGAAGAGACAUACAAGUUUAGAAGCCGACGAUUUCGGGUUUACAAAGAAAAUUGGACCAAAUGGGUCUUCUUUUGAAAAUCCAUGCGAAAAAUCUAAGGUAAAAUCUCAAUCAAUGGACGAAGGGGGUGCAGUAUCAAAAUUUGCAUAUGGAUGCUACUGCGCAGGGUCAAGAGGUGGCCGGUUUGUAAUCUGUGAAUGCUGCUCGGGUGCAGGGCUUAUAUCACCUUGUCCUUCCGUCGCUAACAAUGUAGUAAACUGUGGUACUUUUAACUCCAAGAAGAGAUGGCAAUUUGACACCAAGAAGUGUGUAGAUGCGUCCCCUCUCGUUGUAUGUAAUGGUGAUCAUUCAUCGUGCACCGUCUACAUUGGUUCGCACUCUCACAUAUUUUUUGCAAUCAAUGGUAAUAAUGGAGCGUUGGUCUGGAAAGUGGAACUGGGAGACAGAAUCGAAUCUUCUGCUGCCCUUUCUAUAUGUGGGACAAAAAUUAUCGUUGGCUGCUACGACCAUCACGUUUACGUAAUUUCUCGCAGCAAUGGAACUAUUGUAUGGAAAUAUUCAACUGGGGACAGCAUCAAAUGUUCUCCAAUAGUCAACCAGAGCAAUGGUUUUGUAUACAUUGGGUCACAUGACCAUCACCUAUACGCACUUGAUAUCGACAACAGGCUGGAGGUUUGGAAGAUUUCCUGUGGAGGAGGAUCCUUGUUUAGCUCACCAGCUUUGUCUGCAGAUAGUGAAACUUUAUACAUGUGCACAUUAAGUGGAAGAUUUCUUGCAAUUUUAGCUCAAAAUGGUAGUGUUGCUUGGACUUUCUCCGUAAACAAGCCAAUAUUUGCUUCACCUGUCUGCGCAGAUGACUUCAUUUGCUUGUGUUGCGUUGGUGGAAAGAUUUAUAUCUUAAGUAAAACUGGGAAGUUGCUUUGGAGUUAUGAAACUAAUGGACCGAUAUUUUCAUCCCCAUGCAUCCAUGAGGAAGAAAAACGUAUUUUCGUGGGAAGUCACGAUGCGCAUUUGUAUUGCCUUUCGUUUGAUGGACACUUGAUCUGGAAAGCACAAAUUAACUCUCCUAUUUAUGCAACUCCAUUUUACGCAUUUAGAUUACAAUUGAAUUCUCUUGAUGUAAGCUCUAAAGAAGUUUCUUCUCGUGCGAUAAUUAUUGCCUGCUCGACUAAAGGGGUGCUGUGUGUCAUUGACUUUAUUAAUGGCGGAAUAAUUAAUUCGUACUUGUUUCCUAACGAAAUUUUUUCGUCGCCUGUUAUUUCUGGGAAUAAUUUUUUCGUUGGUUGUAGAGAUGAUAAUGUUUAUUGCUUAGAACUCACAUAAGUUCUCAUAUCAAAAGAUAUCUUAGUCUAAUCAUUUGUUGUGCUUCUUGAUCAGAAACAUUUCACUUAUUUUUUCCUCUUUAUAAGAAACAGACCCUUAUCACGAAACCUGACAGGGAUCUGGGCUCGUCAUUUUAAACAAAAAUGAUUUCCUCGAUGAAAUUUACGAGGAUUCUUUUAACUGAAUCAGUUACAAUUUCUUUAGAGUUUAUUGUCAAAAUGUGGUAAGUCUUUUGUUGAUACUGUC